AUGAGAGUGUGCAGUCAGCAAGGACCUAAUCCCAUCCACAGGGUCAAGGGUGUCUACAUCUAUGGACGUUAUCACUCAAGUCCUACUGCAUUUCCAAAAUAUGCAACAGGCUCAAGAGUUGAUGUUAGGGAUGCCUGCCAUCACCACCACACCACCAGAAAUCUCAGCACAGUUGUCUCGCAUCAAUUCAUUGGUGAAGGGACUUCAGAUGGACAACACACACCCAACCCCCCCCCCCACACCCACGCCCACGCCCGCGCGCACACCCACACCCACACCCACACGCACACGCACACCCACACCCACACGCACACCCACACCCACACCCACACGCACACCCACACCCACACGCACACCCACACCCACACCCACACGCACACCCACACCCACACGCACACCCACACCCACACGCACACCCACACCCACACGCACACCCACACCCACACGCACACGCACACCCACACCCACACCCACACGCACACCCACACGCACACCCACACGCACACCCACACGCACACCCACACGCACACCCACACGCACACCCACACGCACACCCACACGCACCCCCACACGCACCCCCACACGCACCCCCACACGCACCCCCACACGCACCCCCACACGCACCCCCACACGCACCCCCACACGCACCCCCACACGCACCCCCACACGCACCCCCACCCGCACGCCCACACGCACGCCCACGCCCACACCCACGCCCACACGCACGCCCACACGCACGCCCACACGCACGCCCACACGCACGCCCACCCGCACGCCCACCCGCACGCCCACCCGCACGCCCACGCCCACGCGCACGCCCACGCCCACGCGCACGCCCACGCGCACGCCCACGCCCACGCGCACGCCCACGCCCACGCGCACGCCCACGCCCACGCCCACGCCCACGCCCACGCCCACGCGCACGCGCACACGCACGCGCACGCGCACGCGCACGCGCACGCGCACGCGCACACGCGCACCCGGCUGCUAGCAGGCCACGUUGCAACAGUGUACUGUCAGUUGGUAGCUGGCAACUGGCAGGCGGCGUGGCAAUAG